GACUUUCUAUUAGCAAACAGAUCAGUGCCAACACGUACAGAGCUACUGCCAGGCUAUUAGUGCAGAUCUGAGCCUUCUUGAGCAGCUUUCUCCCCAUCUGACACCCUGAAGCGUACGUACGAGCACGCCAUGGCUACCGAGGUCCCCACGAACGAUAAAGUGGUCUUCGACCCAGCUUCCCAGGCGAGGAAGACGACGCGUGCGGGAGAGCACAUUCAGAAGGUGAAGGAGAUUCCGGACUUCGCUCCCAAGGACAUCUACGUCGCCAAGCUCGAGCCCAAGGAGGUCCUCCACAACCUCUCCGUCGCAGAGCUGUACGAGCAGGCCAUCGGCCAUGAGGAGGGCAACUUCAUCGUCUCCACCGGCGCGCUGUGCGCCAUCUCCGGUCAGAAGACCGGCCGAUCGCCCAAGGACAAGCGCGUCGUGAAGGAGAGGGACCACGCCGACGACAUCUGGUGGGGCGAAGGGUCGCCCAACUACGAGAUGGACGAGUACACGUUCAUGGUGAACCGCGAGCGCGCGAUCGACUACCUGAACACCAUCGGCAAGGUGUACGUGCAGGACAUGUUCCUCAGCUGGGACCCCAAGCUGCGCAUCAAGGUCCGCAUCGUCUGCGCGCGCGCCUACCACGCCCUCUUCAUGCACAACAUGUGCAUCCGUCCCACAGAGGAGGAGCUGAAGGACUUCGGCGAGCCCGCCUUCACCAUCUACAACGCGGGCCACUUCCCCGUCAACCGCCUCUCCAAGUACAUGUCGUCCGGCACGUCCGUCGACAUCGACCUCAACCGCAACGAGAUGGUCAUUCUCGGAACCGAGUACGCGGGCGAGAUGAAGAAGGGGCUCUUCUCCCUCAUGAACUACCUCAUGCCUAAGCGCGGCGUGCUCUCCCUGCACUCCGGCGCCAAUAUGUCUAAGGACGGCCAGGUGUCGCUCUUCUUUGGGCUGUCCGGCACCGGCAAGACCACCCUCUCUACCGAUCCCAACCGCUACCUGAUUGGCGACGACGAGCACACGUGGAGCGAUGACGGCGUGGCGAACAUCGAGGGUGGGUGCUACGCCAAGUGCAUCAACCUGAGCAAGGAGAAGGAGCCCGACAUUUACAACGCCAUCCGCUUCGGCUCCGUCGUCGAGAACGUCGUCUUCGACCCGCACACGCGCGUCGUCGACUACGACGACGGCAGCAUCACUGAGAACACGCGUGUGUCGUACCCCAUCGAGUUCAUCGAGAAUGCCAAGAUCCCCUGCGUGGCCGGCCACGCCAACAACGUGAUCCUGCUCACGUGCGACGCGUUUGGCGUGCUGCCGCCCGUGAGCCGGCUGACGCUGGAGCAGACCAUGUACCACUUCAUCUCCGGGUACACCGCCAAGGUGGCGGGCACUGAGAUGGGCGUGACGGAGCCCGAGGCCACCUUCUCGGCGUGCUUUGGAGCAGCGUUCAUGAUGUGGCACCCCUACAAGUACGCCACGCUGCUGGCGGAGCGCAUCAAGAAGCACGGCAGCCAGGCGUGGCUCGUCAACACCGGCUGGACCGGCGGCGGGUACGGCGUGGGACACCGCAUGAGCAUCAAGCACACGCGCGCCAUCAUCGACGCCAUUCACGACGGCUCGCUCGUCAAGGCGGAGACGGUCAAGACGCCCGUCUUCGGCCUGCUCGUGCCCACCACGUGCGCUGCCGUGCCCAACGAGUGCCUGCAGCCCGAGCUCCUGUGGUCGGACAAGGCCAAAUACCGCGAGACGCUGGAGAAGCUGGGCAAGCUGUUCCAGAAGAACUUCGGCAAGUUCACCGAGUUCGAGAUGGGCGGCGCCACGCAGCGCAUCCCCGACGACGUGCUCAACGCUGGCCCCGUCCUGUAAACUAGUCGCACUGGGUGGAGCUGGGGAGGUCAUCCUGUGGCGCACUUGUUAGUGGCGUGGUGACUACAGCCCCCUGUGCGGGUGCUGAUAGACUACAGGGGCAGCUCUGAUGGGUGUUUGUUUCGAGGGGGAUCCAGGGGAUCCCUUUUUGCGUGUGCUGUGAGGCAUGCUUAGCAAAGCUUGUUGCUGUUCUUUGUCCCCUAUACCCCUUUGUGCUUGGCUAUUUAUAUUUAUAUCACCUAUCUUCUCUGAAAAAUGUGAUCUACUGUGCCCCAAGCAAGGGGGGUUGUGAUCAAGGGUUAACUCAGUGCCUUUUGCCA